AAAACCUUGAAGAGCUGUCUUCUGAUAUUUGUCUCUAAAUGGACUGCCCGUAAGCUCUAUUCUUUUGUGCCAUUUUUGGGAACAGAAUAUAAAGGUUUAUUAAACAUCUGCACGCGAAUUAUGAGGAAUUUUGGGAUUUCUGCAUUUUUGUGUCUGGUGUGUUCCCAAUAUGGAUUUACGACGACCAUACCGGCAUUCAAAGCAAUGGACAUUCUUCGUGGACGAAGUCCAUUAACCGAUGCUGAGAUAGUCAACAUCACAAAAACAGCCCGCCCGGGCAUCGAUUAUCCGGAUCUGAAAGCAUUACCCACCAAUCUCAGCUUCUCUUGCGCCCAAGUCCACCAACCGGGAUACUAUGUCAACAUAGAACCGCAGUCACGCUGUCAGGUGUACCACCGAUGCGAGCUGGAUUUGCCGCUUUACACGUACAUUUGCCCGGAAGGCAAACUGUUCAAUCAGAUUACUUUGAACUGUGACUGGUGGUUCAAUGUCCAGUGCGCAAAAUCUUUGGACUUCUACGAUUAUUCUAACCCGAGGAUUUAUCUUGGACCUAACGUGACCUUUCUGGACAGUGGAAAUACUUCCCAAGCUGCGCCUCCUUUACAACCUGGAUUUCUGCCCUUUCUUGAUUCCACUAAUGCCGUUACUAAUUCAUGGAAUAAUCCUCCUUUAGUUCCAGUGGCAUCUACAGCAGCGUCGACGAUAUUAACCACCCCAGCGUCCACAUUACCGCCCAGUCGUAGUGUUUUCCGCUUUCCCGUGGCUAGACGCCGAUCGCACCACCGACAACGCCCCCAACUGCCACCCACAGAAAGCCCAGGAUUCUCUUACGACCCUAACAAAAAUACGUUGAAUCAGAAUCAACAACAGCCAGUUAUCUCUACGGUUCCUUUGAUCAAUAACGCAAUACCGGAAUUCACCAUUCCACAGCAGCCAAACCCCUUGACAUCAUGGACCACAUCUGAGUCGCAGAGGAAAUCGGAGUCAUUCGAGAGCUCUCGUGACCUUAUGCCACGAUAUAUUGAAAACUACCAGCAAGAAAUUGUGCCGAAAAGUUUUAACAAGGAAAAGCAGCCUAUGGCAAAUGCCGACGAAUGGAAAGGGAUGAAUAAACAGGAAAAUGUUUGGCAGCCCGAUCUGCUUGCAACGACCACUAUGCCUUCCAUGAUCAUCUCAGAAUUUUCUCGUAAUCAGCAAGGUGUCGAAAAUGUGCCGCCUGAGAAUCAAACGACCGAUUCUGAUCGUUUUCCGGCUUGGCCUGCAUUCCCGACCACAACUGCGCUGCCCAGACUAAACAACGUCUUCAUACCGCCAGGUGUUUGGAAUAAUCCACCCCAAGCGUUAAAACUCGGGAAAUUAAAUUCGCAAAAAUGGCAAGGUCCGCUGGAUAUCGAUUCCGGGCCGAUGCAACAGCCUACAGAUAUCGAUGUGCCCACGCCCCCUCCUCCCCCAUUUCUCCUUCAACCUGGUCAGCUAAAUGUGAACGGCCAAACGCCAGAUCGAGGCGGUCCAUUUGGGUUGAUGGCCACGCCCAAUGAUUCGGCGUCACGCAGAGCAUCGCAAUCGAAAUUACGGAAUAAUAUGAACAACAACGUUUGGUCAGCCAAUGGCAGCAACGUCGCCCAGAGCGCUUCAUUUGGAAGGGAAGCCAAUUCACAGCCGCGGUUACCGGCAAUGACCAGUAUGCCACCACCAAAUCCCAGUCCAGCCCGAUUCCGGCUGCCACAAAAUCUGGACGCACCAACACCGGUUGACAGCCUGGAUUUCAAUUCAGUGCCGCUUAAAGAUACGACAUUAGAAGUGUUUGAUGGAAAAGGGGCGGAUUUGAACUCGAAUACCGAUUUCUUGUUUGCUGAUGAUGAUGCGUCUAAAGUUCCGGGGAAAGAAGCUAAUGCGAUGCCUUCAUCGGACUCUCUUACAAAGUUGACCUUUACUCAUAGCGAACAGCCUGGACAAGGCACACUUUUUAAAUAGACAAAUCACUUGUUAGCACAAACCCAAGUCUUAAUUUGCAUCUGUAAUACUGGCGGAUAAAAAAAGCAAAUUUGUAGAAGUUCUUGUAUCCUAAUUGUGUUUUCCGGGUAAAAAUAACAUUGCACUGCUAUGUACAGUAACAGUGCGCCGUGCAGUUAAAAUAGUUGUCAU